UCUCCACGUUCUCCGUUCCAUCCCUCGUUUUCAACCUCCCGAACUUAAUUCUACAGCUUUCGACCGGCUUCUUCUCCCUCUCCUUCUUAUUCCUCUCUCUUUCGAUUGCAUCGGUUGAUGUGGCCGGCGUGGGGAAAAGUCCACCUCCCUCCGCGCGGCGGCGCUAUCACGUCCCCCUCGCCGCCCCCGAAAUCUUCAUUUCUCAUCCGCUCCUCUUCCCUCAAGGAUAUUCUCUCCCUCCUCGACGAUUACGAAGCCGUCGAUCGUAACCCCUCCACCGCCUCCUCCCGCUCUUCCUCGCCCCAGCCUCCGCCGCCCCCACCGCCGCUCGUCCACCACCACCGCCCGGCCUCCGCCGCCCUCCGUUCUUGGUGCUCUCCGCAGGAGCAGGACCCGUUCGGCCUCCCCCCCGGCGAGGAGAAGCGUGUCAUCCUCUACUACACCUCCCUCCGCGUCGUCCGCCGCACCUUCGAGGAUAGCUCCGCCGUACGCGCCAUCCUCCGAGGCCUCCGCGUCGCCGUCGACGAGCGCGACGUCUCCAUGGACGCCGCCUUCCUGCGGGAACUGAGGGCCGUACUCGGCGGCUGCCCGAAGCCCGUCGGCGUCCCGCAGGUGUUCAUCGGGGGCCGUCACAUCGGAGGCGCGGAGGAGCUCCGGCGGCUCCACGAGGCCGGCGACCUGAGGCGGUACGUGGAGGGGGUGGCUCAGGCGCCGCCCGGAACCUGCGAGUGGUGCGGCGACAUCGGCUUCGUGAUGUGCCGGAGAUGUAGCGGUUCGCGGCGGUACUACUCCAAGAAGGGCGGCGCCGGCGGGGGUUUCCGGGCGUGCACCGCGUGCAAUGAGAACGGGAUCGUCCGGUGCACCCGGUGCUCUCCCCCCACCGCCGUCUGAUCGCAU